AGUAUAAGGAGUAUGGGUCUCCGAUUUUGUAGUUUCUUUGUCUGAAAUGAUUCUAAGUUUCCUUAUCAUUCCAUGAAUGCGAAAAUGAAAUGAAGUUUACCACUCGUUUCGUUUUUAAAACACAACAACGUUGAAAAUCAUUCUCUAACCGUCAGUAGUGUUUACUUAAUUACUCAGAGCACUCUGAAAAUAAAUAAGAGAAAGAAAAAUAACUUUCUUAUAUAAAUUAGAAAAGAGACUCUUCACUUUUCUCUUUUUUUUUCUCUCUCUGUCUCUGCGGUGUUCUUCUCUGCAAUGUAGGUCGCCGGAGAAUGGCAAAGUGUCAUAAGAACAACGUCGGAUCCAUCGCUCUCGACCACCGCCACUCCACCAAAAAUGCCACCACCGGCGGCCACUUCCGCGUGCUCCGCCGCUUGAUCUUCGACGCCGUCAGCUGCGGCGGCACCUCCCGCUACCGGUAUCGCCAGCGCGGCGGCGCCGACAACGAUGACGGCGACUUCAACUCGGCGGCGAGCCACACAGAGAAGGAGGAGAGGUCCGAGAAGCUAUCGGAUCUGCUGAACGCAGCGGAGAGCAAAACAGCGACGGAAGAGGCAUUGGCGGAGCUGAAGCAAGUGGUGAAGGAGCUGCGCGAAGAAGACUUCACGAAGCGGCGAAUCGCCGCUGCGAGAGUGAGGUCACUCGCGAAGGAAGAUUCGGAAGCCAGAGCGAAUCUCGCAGUGCUCGGAGCAAUUCCUCCUCUCGUCGGAAUGCUCGAUGAUUCAGAAGACGCUCAUUCUCAAAUCGCAUCGCUCUACGCUUUGCUCAAUCUCGGAAUCGGCAACGAUGCAAAUAAAGCGGCUAUAGUGAAAAUUGGCGCGGUACACAAGAUGCUGAAGCUAAUUGAAUCGAGCGGUUCAGAUUCGUCGGUGUCUGAAGCGAUCGUUGCAAAUUUCCUUGGCUUAAGCGCUUUGGAUUCGAACAAACCGAUAAUUGGAUCCUCCGGUGCAAUACCGUUCCUAGUUAGAACCCUAAAGAAUUUAAACGAAAGUAAAAUCGAGUCCAAAUCACAAAUGAAGCAAGAUGCUAUGCGAGCUUUGUACAAUCUCUCGAUCUGUCAGAGCAACGUUUCAGUAGUUUUGGAAACCGAUUUGGUUUUGUUUUUAGUGUCCACAAUAGGAGACAUGGAAGUGAGUGAGAGGAGUCUCGCGAUUCUAAGCAAUUUAGUGUCGACUCCGGAGGGUAGAAAAGCGAUUAGCAGCGUUAGCGACGCGAUUCCGAUUCUUGUGGACGCGUUGAGUUGGACGGACUCGCCGGAGUGCCAGGAGAAGGCGUCGUACGUUUUGAUGAUCAUGGCGCACAAAGCGUACGGUGACAGGCGGGUGAUGAUAGAGGCAGGGGUAGUUUCGUCGCUGCUUGAAUUAACACUUGUGGGAACCACACUGGCUCAGAAGAGAGCCUCCAGAAUAUUAGAGUGUUUGAGGGUAGACAAAGGGAAACAAGUUUCUGGAAGCUACGGUGGAAACUUUAACUUGGGUGUGUCUGCUCCUAUUUGUGGAUCUUCUUCAUCGAAUGGAGGGAAAGGGUGUUUGGUUGUGGAUGAUGGGAUGAUGAGUGAGGAAAAGAAAACGGUGAAGCAGUUAGUGCAACAGAGUUUGCAGAGCAAUAUGAUGAAGAUUGUCAAGAGGGCUAACUUGCGUCAGGAUUUUCUUCCAUCUGGGAAUUUUGCUUCACUCACUUCCACUUCCACUUCCAAGAGCCUCCCAUUUUGAAGAACAAUAAUAAUAAAAUGAACCGUUUCACAUUGUAUUUUCGUGGAGUUUUUUUAUCUUCUGUAGCUAUAUAUUUCUAUAGUAGACUAUAUAAGUUUUUUCUAGUUUAAUUGUCUCACUUUAGGUUCUAUU